AUGUUGAGCAGUGAAUUUCCUUCUGCUCUGCCUGCAGAUGAAGAAUCAAAAAUCAGUAGAGAGUUUUCUGGGGUUUCUAUAUCUGCUGCUGUUGAUUCGAUGAUAUCAACAAUGAGGAACGAGGAAGGGUAUCCAAAAGGUCUAAAGGUACUGGUUGUCGAUGAAGAUCAUUCUUUUCUGGAGGAGAUUGAGCCCAUGCUUGUACAAGCUAAAUACACGGCUACUCUGUGUUCUUCUGCAACACAGGCUUUGUCUAUGCUCCAUGACAAAACUCGCACGUUUGACAUCAUUUUAAUGGCCAUCCUAGGCAGCGACAUGGACGGAUUUAAGCAAAUUCAACAGCUUGCCAUGGAAGCAGACCUUCCUAUUAAAUACUUACUGCCAGCAGCCAGUCCAUGGUCUAUUGUGAAGACCUUGGGCAGAAAGGCUUCUAAACUGACUAAACCAGUUCGUCUUAGUACAGUACGCACUCUAUGGUCAAAUGUGGCCAGAAAGAGGAAGGAGAAACUUCAAAAGUUGGUGCAGGAGUUCCGCUUCCUCCAUGUAGAUUAUGUGGAGGAGCAUCCAGCAUCUGAUAUGCCCUUUGUAGAACCCGAACAAAUGUGUGAUGAUGAUUUCUGGAGAAUGGAUCUAGCUGCUCUUGAAGUUGUUACUCGUGUUACUAAGCAUCUGCUUUCCUUCUUUUAG